GCGGGCGGGACUGCAGCGGCGGCGGUGGGAGCUGGCGGACUUGCAGGCAAGACAAGGACUCAGGGUGGAGGGGCGCUGGGCUCGGACCCGCCAAAGCCGCGGGGACCCAGGGGCAGAGCGGGAGUCCCGGCUGAUCGUUUCUACCACCCAGGAUGAGGCUGCGGCUCCUGGUGGCCGCGCUCUGCGCCGGGAUCCUGGCGGGGGCGCCCCGAGUGCGGGCCCAGCACAGGGAGAGAGUGACCUGCACGCGCCUUUAUGCGGCUGACAUCGUGUUCCUACUCGAUGGCUCCUCAUCCAUUGGCCGCAGCAAUUUCCGCGAAGUCCGCGGCUUCCUGGAGGGGCUGGUGCAGCCUUUCGCUGCGGCAGCCAGUGCACAGGGGGUGCGCUUUGCCGCGGUGCAGUACAGUGAUGACCCACGGACAGAGUUUGGCCUGGAUGCACUUGGCUCCGGGGGCGAUGUGAUUCGUGCCAUCCGUGAGCUCAGCUACAAGGGGGGCAACACUCGUACAGGGGCUGCAAUUCUCCAUGUGGCUGACCAUGUCUUCCUGCCUCAGCUGGCCCGACCUGGUGUCCCCAAGGUCUGCAUCCUAAUCACAGAUGGGAAGUCCCAGGACCUGGUGGACACAGCGGCCCAAAGGCUGAAGGCGCAGGGCGUCAAGCUGUUUGCUGUGGGGAUCAAGAAUGCCGACCCCGAGGAGCUGAAGAGGGUUGCCUCACAGCCAACCAGUGAUUUCUUCUUCUUCAUCAAUGACUUCGGCAUCUUGAGGACACUACUGCCCCUCGUUUCCCAGAGAGUGUGCACGACUGCUGGUGGCGUGCCUGUGACCCUGCCUCCUGAUGACUCAACUUCUGGUCCACGGGACCUGGUGCUGUCUGAGCCAGGCAGUCAGUCCUUGAGAGUACAGUGGACAGCGGCCAGUGGGCCUGUGACUGGCUACAAGGUCCAGUACACUCCUCUGACAGGGCUGGGACAGCCACUGUCGAGCGAACGGCAGGAGGUGAACGUCCCAGCUGGUGAGACCAGCUUGCGGCUGCAGGGUCUCCGGCCACUGACCGAGUACCAGGUGACUGUGGUUGCUCUCUACGCCAACAGCAUCGGGGAGUCUGUGAGCGGGACAGCUCGGACCACUGCCCUGGAGGGGCCAGAGCUGACCAUCCAGAACACCACAGCCCACAGCCUCCUGGUGGCCUGGCGGAGUGUGCCGGGUGCCACUGGCUACCGUGUGAUGUGGCAGGUCCUUGGUGGUGGGGCCACACAACAGCAGGAGCUGGGCCCUGGGCAGGGGUCAGUGUUACUGCGUGACCUGGAGCCUGGCACGGACUAUGAGGUGACCGUGAGCACCCUGUUUGGCCAUAGCGUGGGGCCUGCCACUUCCCUGACUGCCCGCACUGACACUUCUGUUGAGCAAACCUUGCGCCCCGUCAUCCUGGGUCCCACAUCCAUCCUCCUUUCCUGGAACUUGGUGCCCGAGGCCCGUGGCUACCGGUUGGAGUGGCGGCGUGAGAGUGGCUUGGAGCCACCACAGAAGGUGGUGCUGCCCUCUACUGUGACCCGCUACCAGUUGGAUGGGCUGCAGCCAGGCACUGAAUAUCGCCUCACGCUCUACACUCUGCUGGAGGGCCGCGAGGUGGCCACCCCUGCAACAGUGGUCCCCACUGGGCCAGAGCCACCCGUGGGCCCUGUGACAGACCUACAAGCGACUGAGCUGCCUGGGCAGCGGGUACGAGUGUCCUGGAGCCCAGUCCCCAGUGCCACCGAGUACCGCAUCACUGUGCGCAGCACCCAGGGGGUUGAGCGGACCCUGGUGCUUCCCGGGAGUCAGACAGCCUUCGACCUGGAUGACGUUCGGGCUGGGCUUAGCUACACUGUGCGGGUGUCGGCUCGAGUGGGCCCCCGCGAGGGUGGUGCCAGCGUCCUCACUGUCCGCCUGGAGCCAGAAACCCCACCUGCCGUUCCGGGGCUGCGGGUUGUGGUGUCAGAUGCAACACGAGUGAGGGUGGCCUGGGGACCUGUUCCUGGAGCCAGUGGAUUUCGGAUUAGCUGGAGGACAGGCAGUGGUCCAGAAUCCAGCCAGACAUUGCCCCCAGACUCUACUGCCACAGACAUCACAGGGCUGCAGCCGGGAACCUCCUACCAGGUGGCUGUGUCGGCACUGCGAGGGAGAGAGGAGAGCCCCCCAGUGGUCAUCGUGGCUCGAACUGACCCAGUGGGCCCAGUGAGGACCGUUCGUGUGACUCAGGCUGGCAGCUCAUCUGUCACCAUUGCCUGGACCAGGGUUCCUGGAGCCACAGGAUACAGAGUUUCUUGGCACUCAGGCCAUGGCCCAGAGAAAUCCCAGUUGGUUUCUGGGGAGGCCACGGUGGCUGAGCUGGACGGGCUGGAGCCAGAUACUGAGUAUACAGUGCAUGUGAGGGCCCAUGUGGCUGGCGUGGAUGGGGCCCCCGCCUCUGUGGUUGUGAGGACUGCCCCUGAGCCUGUGGGCAGUGUGUCGAGGCUGCAGAUCCUCAAUGCUUCCAGCGACGUUCUGCGGGUCACCUGGGUAGGGGUCACUGGAGCCACAGCCUACAGGCUGGCCUGGGGCCGGACUGAAGGUGGCCCCACGAGACACCAGCUGCUCCCAGGAAACACAGACUCCGCAGACAUCCGAGGCCUCGAAGGCGGAGUCAGCUAUUCCGUGCGAGUGACUGCACUUGUUGGGGACCGCGAGGGCGCACCUGUCUCCAUUGUCGUCACGACGCCGCCCGAGGCCCCGCCAGCCCUGGAGACCCUUCGCGUAGGGCAGCGCGGGGAGCACUCGCUGACGCUGCGCUGGGAGCCGGUGCCCGGGGCGCAGGGCUUCCGUCUGCGCUGGCGACCUGAGGGUGGCCAGGAGCAGUCCCUGGUCCUGGGACCCGAGCUCAGCAGCUACCACCUGGAUGGGCUGGAACCAGCGACACUGUAUCGUGUGCGGCUGAGCAUCCUGGGGCCAUCUGGAGAAGGGUCCUCCAGGGAGGUGACUGCGCGCACUGAGUCACCUCGUGUCCCGCGCACUGAACUACGUGUUGUGGACACCUCGAUCGACUCGGUGACUCUGGCCUGGACCCCAGUGUCUGGGGCAUCCAGCUACAUCCUGUCCUGGCGGCCACUCAGAGGCCCUGGCCAGGAAGUGCCUGGGACCCCACAAACACUUCCAGGGAUCUCAAGCUCCCAGCGCGUGACAGGGCUAGAGCCUGGCGUCUCUUAUGUCUUCUCCCUGACACCUGUCCAGGGAGGUGUGCGGGGUCCUGAGACCUCUGUCACACAAAGCCCAGUGUGUCCCCAUGGUCUGGCGGAUGUGGUGUUCCUACUGCAUGCCACUCGAGACAAUGCUCACCGGGCAGAGGCUACGAGGCGUGCCCUGGAGCGUCUGGUGUCUGCACUUGGGCCUCUUGGGCUACAGGCAGUUCAGGUUGGCCUGCUGUCCUACAGUCACCGGCCCUCCCCACUGUUCCCGCUGAAUAGCUCCUAUGACCUUGGAAUCAUCUUGCGCAAGAUCCAAGACAUCCCCUACAUGGACCCAAGUGGGAACAAUCUGGGCACAGCUGUGGUCACAGCUCACAGAUACUUGUUGGCACCAGAUGCUCCUGGGCGCCGCCAGCAUGUGCCAGGGGUGAUGGUUCUGCUAGUGGAUGAGCCCUUGAGAGGUGACAUAUUCAGCCCCAUCCGCGAGGCCCAGGCUGCUGGGCUCAAAGUGAUGAUGUUGGGCAUGGCGGGAGCUGACCCGGAGCAGCUGCGUCGCUUGGUGCCAGGCAUGGAUCCCGUCCAGACCUUCUUUGCCGUGGAUGAUGGUCCGAGCCUGGACCGGGCAGUCAGUGACCUGGCAGUAGCCCUGUGUCAGGCAUCCUUAGUUACUCAGGCACAGCCAGAGCCUUGCUCAGUGCAUUGUCCAAAGGGCCAGAAGGGGGAACCUGGAGAGACGGGCCUGAAAGGACAAGUUGGGUUUCCUGGCCCCCCUGGCCUCCCGGGCAGGACCGGUGCUCCUGGCCCCCAGGGGCCCCCUGGAAGUCCCCUUGCAAAGGGCGAGAGGGGCUCCCCUGGAGCUGAUGGGCUUCCAGGCAGCCCUGGCCUCCCCGGGACUCCUGGGACCCCUGGCCCGAAGGGCUCCCCAGGGUGGCCUGGCCCUCGUGGGGAAGUGGGAGAGCGAGGACCUCGAGGCCCAAAGGGGGAGCCGGGGGCUCCUGGACGAGUCACUGGAGGCGAGGGACCUGGGCUUCCCGGGCAGAAAGGAGACCCUGGACCUUCGGGCCCUGCUGGACCUCGUGGCCCAGUGGGGGACCCAGGACCUCGUGGUACCCCAGGGAUUCCUGGAACAAGUGUGAAGGGUGACAAAGGCGAUCGUGGGGAACGGGGUCCUCCUGGACCAGGUGUUGGUGGCACUGCUCCUGGGGAGCCUGGGCUGCCGGGUCUUCCUGGGAGCCCUGGACCCCAAGGCCCAGUUGGCCCCGCUGGAGAGAAAGGAGAAAAGGGUGUCUGUGAGGAUGGAGCCCCAGGCCUUCCGGGACAACCUGGGAUCCCGGGUGAGCCGGGCCUACGGGGACCUCCUGGAGUCACUGGCCCCAAAGGUGACCGGGGGCUGACAGGGGCCCCAGGUCAGACUGGAGAGAAGGGUGAACGUGGACCCGCUGGCCCAGUGGGACCCCAGGGGCUUCCUGGGGUUGCUGGACGUCCUGGAGCCGAGGGUCCUGAAGGGCCACCAGGACCCACUGGGCGCCGAGGAGAGAAGGGGGAGCCUGGUCGCCCUGGGGACCCAGCAGUGGUGGGACCUGCUGGUGCUGGAGCCAAAGGAGACAAGGGAGAUAUGGGGCCCACUGGGCCUAGAGGAACUCCUGGAGUCAAAGGGGAACAGGGCCCACCUGGAUUGGCUCUUCCUGGAGACCCUGGCCCCAAGGGAGACCCUGGAGACAGGGGUCCCAUUGGCUUCACUGGCAGAGCAGGACCCCAGGGUGACUCAGGGCUUCCUGGAGAGAAGGGAGACCCUGGGCGGCCUGGUGCCCCAGGACCUGUUGGUCCCCGAGGACGAGAUGGUGAAGUUGGAGAGAAAGGUGACGAGGGUCCUCCGGGUGACCCGGGUUUGCCUGGAAAAGCAGGCGAGCGUGGUCUUCGGGGGGCACCUGGAGCUCGGGGGCCUGUAGGUGAGAAGGGAGACCAGGGAGACCCUGGAGAGGAUGGACGAAAUGGCAGCCCUGGACCCUCUGGACCCAAGGGCGACCGUGGGGAGCCGGGCCCCCCAGGAUCCCCUGGACGGCUGGUGGACCCAGGACUUGGAGCCAGAGAGAAGGGAGAGCCUGGGGACCGCGGACAGGAGGGUCCUCGAGGGCCCAAGGGUGACCCCGGCCCCCCUGGAGCCUCUGGGGAGAGGGGCAUCGACGGGCUUCGGGGACCCCCAGGCCCACAGGGGGACCAAGGUGUCCGAGGCCCAGCUGGAGAGAAGGGUGACCGGGGCCCUCCCGGGCUGGAUGGCCGGAGUGGGCUGGAUGGAAAACCAGGCCCUGCUGGCCCUCCUGGGCUGAAUGGUGCUGCAGGCAAAGCCGGGGACCCAGGGAGAGACGGGCUUCCAGGCCUCCGAGGAGAACACGGGACCCCCGGUCCCCCUGGCACCCCUGGAGCACCGGGAAAGCCAGGCGAGGAUGGCAAACCUGGCCUGAAUGGGAAAAAUGGAGAACCUGGGGACCCUGGAGAAGACGGGAGGAAGGGAGAGAAGGGAGAUUCAGGCGCCCCUGGGAGAGAAGGUCGUGAUGGCCCCAAGGGUGAGCAUGGAGCUCCUGGAAGCCCUGGACUCCAGGGCCCUCCGGGCCUCCCAGGGCCAGUUGGCCCUCCUGGCCAGGGCUUUCCUGGUGUCCCAGGAAGCGUGGGCCCCAAGGGCGAUCGUGGGGAGACUGGAUCCAAAGGGGAACAGGGCCGCCCUGGAGAGCGAGGCCUGAGAGGAGAGCCUGGGAGCAUGGCGAAUGUGGAGCGGUUGCUGGAAACUAUUGGUGUCAAGGCGUCUGCCCUACGGGAGAUCGUGGAGACCUGGGAUGAGAGCUCUGGCAGCUUCCUGCCUGUGCCUGACCGGCGUCCUGGCCCCAAGGGGGAACAGGGCGAGCGGGGACCCCCAGGCAAGGAGGGCCCCAUCGGCUUUCCCGGAGAACGCGGGCUAAAGGGAGAGCGUGGAGACCCUGGCCCUCAGGGGCCGCCUGGCCUGGCCCUUGGGGAGAGAGGCUCCCCUGGGCCUCCCGGCCUUGCCGGGGAGCCUGGAAAGCCUGGUAUUCCUGGGCUUCCAGGCCAGGCUGGAGGUGCGGGGGAGGCAGGAAGGCCAGGAGAGAGGGGAGAACGGGGAGAGAAAGGAGAGCGUGGAGAACAGGGCAGAGAUGGCCCUCCUGGCCUUCCUGGACCCCCUGGCCCCAAGGUGGUCGUGGAUGAACUAGGUCCCAGACUCCCUGGAGAACAGGGACCCCCUGGACUCAAGGGUGCUAAGGGGGAGCGAGGCAGUGCCGGUGACCCAGGCCCCAAAGGAGACAGGGGCAUGCCAGGCGUCAAAGGAGAGAGCGGAGAGCCUGGACAGAGGGGUCUCAAUGGCAGCCCGGGUCUACCAGGAGAGCGUGGCAUGGCUGGGCCUGAAGGGAAGCCGGGUCUGCAGGGUCCGAGGGGGACCCCUGGCCCAGCGGGAGGCCAUGGAGACCCUGGACCAUCUGGUGCCCCAGGUCUUGCUGGCCCUCCAGGACCCCAGGGACCCUCUGGCCUGAAGGGGGAGCCUGGAGAGACAGGACCCCCAGGACGCGGCCUGCCUGGACCUACUGGGGCUGUGGGACUUCCUGGGCCCCCGGGCCCUUCAGGCCUUGUGGGUCCACAAGGGUCACCAGGUUUGCCUGGACAAGUGGGGGAGACCGGGAAGCCGGGAGCCCCAGGUCGUGAUGGUACCAAUGGAAAAGAUGGAGACAGAGGAAGCCCUGGUGUGCCAGGUUCACCAGGUCUGCCUGGCCCUGUCGGACCUAAAGGAGAACCUGGACCCAUGGGGCCCCCUGGACAGGUGGUGGUCGGGCCCCCUGGAGCAAAGGGAGAGAAGGGAGCCCCUGGAGGCCUUGUUGGAGACCUGCUGGGCGAGCCGGGAGCCAAAGGUGACCGAGGACUGCCAGGGCCACGGGGCGAGAAGGGGGAAGCUGGCCGUGCAGGGGAGCCUGGAGACCCUGGGGAAGAUGGUCAGAAAGGGGCUCCAGGACUCAAAGGUCAAAAGGGUGACCCAGGAAUUGGGGUCCAGGGCCCCCUUGGGCCAGCUGGUCCUCCAGGUAUGAAGGGAGAUCUGGGACCCCCUGGGACCCCUGGUGCUCCUGGUGUUGUCGGGUUCCCUGGUCAGGCAGGCCCUCGAGGAGAGACGGGUCAGCCGGGCCCUAGCGGAGAGCGGGGUCUGGCAGGUCUCCCAGGGAGAGAAGGAGCCCCAGGCCCCUUGGGGCCACCUGGAUCACCAGGGUCAGUGGGAGCACCGGGGGCCUCUGGACCCAAAGGGGACAAGGGAGACCCUGGAGCAGUGCUGCCCGGGCCUCGAGGCGAGCGCGGGGAGCCAGGUGUCCGGGGUGAAGAUGGCCGCCCUGGCCAGGAGGGACCCCGAGGACUCAUGGGGCUCCCUGGCAGCCGUGGGGAGCGUGGGGAGAAGGGUGACGCUGGAACCGCAGGGCUAAAGGGUGACAAGGGUGACUCAGCCAUGACUGUGGGGCCUCCGGGGCCACCGGGUGCCAAGGGGAACAUGGGUGAACGAGGGCCUCGGGGCAUAGAUGGUGACAAAGGACCUCGGGGAGACAUUGGGGUGCCUGGCGACAAGGGCACCAAGGGAGAACCUGGUGACAAGGGCUCGGCUGGGUCGCUGGGAGCACGUGGACUCACGGGACCCAAGGGAGAGCCUGGUGCAGCAGGGAUCCCUGGUGACCCGGGAUCCCCGGGAAGGGACGGAGCCCCUGGUGUCCGAGGAGACAAAGGAGAUGUUGGCUUCAUGGGUCCCCGGGGCCUCAAGGGUGAACGGGGGGUGAAGGGAGCCUGUGGCCUUGAUGGAGAGAAGGGAGACAAGGGAGAAGCUGGUCCUCCCGGCCGCCCCGGGCUAGCAGGACGCAAAGGAGAGUUGGGGGAGCCUGGUGUGCCAGGCCAGUCAGGAGCUCCUGGCAAGGAGGGUCUGAUUGGUCCCAAGGGUGACCGAGGCUUUGAUGGGCAGCCAGGACCCAAGGGUGACCAGGGCGAGAAAGGGGAGCGGGGGUCUCCAGGAAUGGGGGGCUUCCCAGGUCCCAGGGGCAAUGAUGGCUCUAGUGGUCCCCCUGGGCCCCCUGGCAGUGUUGGUCCCAAAGGCCCGGAAGGACUUCAGGGCCAGAAGGGCGAACGAGGUCCCCCCGGAGAGAGUGUGGUGGGGGCCCCUGGAGCCCCUGGGGCCCCGGGUGAGAGAGGGGAGCAGGGGCGGCCAGGGCCCCCCGGUCCGCGUGGCGAGAAGGGAGAAGCUGCGCUGACAGAGGAUGACAUUCGGGGCUUUGUGCGUCAGGAGAUGAGUCAGCAUUGUGCUUGCCAGGGCCAGUUUAUCGCAUCUGGAUCACGGCCCCUCCCUAGUUAUGCUGCAGACACUGCCGGCCCCCAGCUCCACCCUGUACCUGUGCUCCGGGUCUCUCAUGCGGAGGAGGAAGACCAGGUGCCCCCUGAGGACGACGAGUUCUCUGAGUACUCUGAGUAUUCCGUGGAGGAAUACGAGGACCUUGAGGCUCCUUGGGACGGCAUUGACCCCUGCUCCCUGCCACUGGAUGAGGGCUCCUGUACUGCUUACACCCUGCGCUGGUACCAUCGGGCCGUGCCGGGUGGCACGGAGGCCUGUCACCCCUUUGUCUAUGGCGGCUGUGGAGGGAAUGCCAACCGCUUCGGGACCCGUGAGGCCUGUGAGCGCCGCUGCCGGCCCCGGGUGACCCACAGCCAGGGAACAGGUGCUGCCCGGAGCUGAGGCCCGGGUGAUGAGCUGAAGUUCAGCGUCCCCUGGAGGAGUCGGGGUCUCGGCAGGCCCCUGCUGUCCCUCCCCUUGGUGCUAGAGGGCUGUGUGCACAUGAGCGUGCGUGUGUGUGUCCGUUAUUUCAGUGACUUGGUCCCAUGGGCCUCGCCUUCCCCCCUGUGGACAAACCCCCAUUGUGGCUCCUGCCUCCCUGGCAGAUGACUCACUGUGGGGGGUGGCUGUGGGCAGUGAGCGGAUGUGACUGGCAUCUGACCUGCCCUUUGACCCAAGCCUGUGAUGACAUGGUGCUGAUUCUGGGGGGCAUUAAAGCUGCUGUUUUAAAAGGC